AUGUCUUGUAGGCAAGCCCUCGCCCGCUUGGCUCGGGCGGCGGAGGAAGAGAUGCCUGAGGCCCUGUCUUUGCAGAUCCGGCUCUCACUCGUGUACACUCCCAUGGGUGGGAGGCCCGAACUGUACGGAUACAGCUUCUCUGGUGCCCGGUUGCGAGUUCAGCGUGUGCAGAGCCGACUGGCUGCUAAUGCCAGCGAGGGCAGCGUUGUCGUCCACGCCAUCGCAGAGCCGCCAUCUCUCUUCUACUUUCGCUCUGCCGUCGCCAGCAAGGAAGCUCAAGUCUUGGUCGAGGUCCUGGCUUUCGAGGAUCCGCCCAAGAAGCCCGCGGCUGGAUCGACAGCUCCAGCAAACAGGAUCUGGAAGCUCGCAGUGCCCAUCCCGAAAGCAAAGGCGCAGCCGAGACCCAAGCCCAAGCCAAAGCCCAAAGCCAAGCCCGGGAUUCUGGAGCCGCCGGAGCCCCAAGCGGCAGAGCAGCUGCCCUUUAAGCCUUUGGGCCCUCCACCCGGUGGUCGGGCGGAGUCCGCGUGGCCCCUUGCGGGUGGGACCUACCCGUCGCCGCUCUUCGGGGAUCCACCUCCCGAGUGCGUGCUGGGGUGGGCUCUACUCCGUUUCGACUUGGCGACGGAGUCGCGCAGUUCCCUGAGGGCGCAGCUACGGCCCGGGAAGCUUCGCGAUCACUUGUCGAAGAACGCUCCAGGAAAGAGCACUGCCGCGGCAGAGGCCGAGCUGAGCCGCCUCUUCGCUUCAACCUUCAAGGCGAAGCAGCCCCCAGUGCUGGAGUGCGACCUUCAGGUCAUACCUCUGGAUGAUGCACCUCGCCGCCUGCUACCGCAUGACUUCCCGGCUGUGACGGAGUCUCACCGCAUGGGUGGCCUGGAGGUGAUCGAGGACAAGUCUGGGCUGCAGAUCGAAGGUGCUCUCAGUCCCAAUGUGCUUGACCCCGAUGUGACACUCAGAGGUCUUCUGGUAACCCUGCCUGAUGCUGGCUGGAUGGAGACUUUCCUGAGGUCGGUUCCCCAGCCGUCCGUCCAGGUCGCCGGCUUGCCUAGCACUGUGGCUUGGGAGCUUCAGGAACUGCAUCUUCUUGUCGGCUCCCACAAUACUCUGCGGUGGCUCGAUGAACCUCUGCGAGGUCUCACGGCGGGGAUGGCCGCGCAUUACCCUCUAGAUGAUACGGGCCAUACUUGGCGGCUGAAGCUCGACAAGCUGGAGGAUGGCCAGCGGUUUUGGUUUGGCGGCGAAGUUCCACUGGAGUUUGUGUGCCACCCGGAUUGCGCAGUGAUUGUGGAGCUGGUGGCAAUACUCCGGGCACCCGGUGUAGCCGCUCCGCCACCACAGCCCACGCAGGCUGGAACGGCUGCCACGCCACUCCUUUCAGACCAGGCAGUGCAACCCCAGGAUCUGUUGCAGAAGCAAACACUGGGCUGGUUGCUCAUGCUGCCGUUCUACCAGACAACCAGCGAGGGGCUGCUGAAGGCAUCCACUGCAGCACCAGGGGAGCGUCCUGCUGUGGCCUUCGAUAUGGAGUUCUUCGGAGGACCGGGCUUGUCCAUGCUUUCCGAGGAGGUGUGGUCGGCGUCGGCUCAGGGCCCUACCACCAUCGCGACAAGGCCGGCAGAGACUGCAAAGCCGACCCGGCCGGCACUGGCGGCCAGCAGGCUAAAAGCCAGCUUCGAGCUCUGCGGCGACCGCCUGGUACAGUGGCUGCGGCAGCACAUACCGUUGCCCAAACCAGAGAUCCAGGAACCGGCAGCUCCCAAGCCCGUGACUCUGCAGCCGCUGCCCUCCGUGUUCCCGCAGCCUCAGACGGCGCUGGCAGUGCCAGCAACCGCUCUUCAGGGUCUUCCCUACUCGCCUCCGCAGUUGGCUCAACCGGCUUUGCCAGUCGGGCCGGCUGGGCCAGUGCCAGUGCCGACACCUACUGUGCCAGUCGGACCGGGCCCAGCUGUCUAUCAGCCGACUAUGGCACCCGCGAUGAUGACGCCCCUCCCGACGCCAGCACCUGUGGUGGAGAAGAUUUACCUGCGAGAUCAGGCAGUGCAAAGCGAUCCACCAGCAAUUCCAGGUGCCGACGACAACCUCAUUGAGGCGCCCAAAGCACCCAGCUCCAGCGUGGCAAUCGGGACCGGGCCCCCUGCUCGGCCCCUCAGCGCCGUGGACAAGGCAAACCUGCUGCAAGCCACAGGAGGACCCAAGCCACCGGGGCCACCUGGGCCAUCUGUGUCUCCGGGUGAGAGUGUAGCUCAGAAGCGCGAGCUCCGGUGGAAGUUCGAGGAUGAGGACAUGCUCCAAGCGGAUGAGAUUUCUCUGGAGCUUCUCACUCUUCGUAGCUUCACACCCGCGGAAGGGGAGCGGGUCUACUUCCAACUGCGCUUCUUCCAGUUCCCGCCGGUCAAAACGGCGCCUGCCGCCCUGUCCGGCAAGCCUGGCGAGGCCUGCUUGCUGAGAAGCGCAGUCACCAACGAGCGCCUUGCCAUGGUUUUCCAAAUGGAUGGUUAUGUCACCAAUGGCUCUGUUCCUACAUCUGCGGCAACUGUGCAUCGUCGCUUGGUCACCUAUCUUAGCGCCCGAAGUGCUGACAUUGAGAUUUGGAGUGCAGAGUCUGGUAUGCAUGUCGGCACAACGUCGGUUCCUCUUGAGAUGUUGGUCAGGCAGGGGCAUCAGGUUGCCAAAGUUGAAGCAGAAUAUGCAGUUCUGGAGCCUCUGUCGGGGGAGCCGAAGGGAACCUUGAGAAUGCUGCUGGUAAAUCGUGGUCGCCCGCCCACCCCAUACCAACGCUUGAACUCCAACAACGUACUGCCGCCAGAUGAUGCCAGACCGCUUGACUCGCCACCAGCGCCGCCUGCACCUCCGUCUGCUCCCAGGCCGAGACGCCACAAGGUCUCCGCUUUGAUCGAUGGGUCCGAACUUCAGAUUCACGGAGCUCAGAACCUCACUGGUCAGGGAACCAUGGCAGAAGAGCUCAACCAGCGAAAGCACGAGAGGCUGAAGCAGUUGCGCAUGCUUCGCAAGGCAGAUGCCACUGAUCCCUUCUCCGAUCACUCUGCGCGUUUAGCGGCAGCGGAGUCGGUUCGGCAGGAACGCAAGAGACAAGAGGUUGCCCGAAGAAUGGAUCGCUUCAACACUACGCAGCAGUCUCUCACCGCGAGCUUUGCCACUCCAUCCUAUUUUUCCGUGGACUUCACCAACCCGUACGGGCAGCAGGCUGCCUUCACGGUCCUGGUGACCGGCGACAAGCCCCAGGUGCCGGAAGUCCUGCCAGCCGUGCCACCACAGCAGCCCCUUCAAGGUGUUCUCACGGAGACGCCGAAGCAGGCUCUCAUGCUGGUCAAGGACCCGGAGGAGUGGCGACGGCUGGUGUCCUCGGGCGUUCUUCCCACAGCGCCGUCAGGUGAUUUCGCACGCUUGGCGGCGGGCACCUUCAUUCUGAAUCCCAAGGAGAGCAUCAGCCUGCCUUUUCGGUACUUGGACUUCAACUUCCCGGGCUUGGAAACAUCAGCGCAGGUGGCUCCGCCUAGCGGCCUUCGCUUGGCCGACGUGGCUGCUGUGGUGGCGGGGCCGAGCAGCAAGGACUUCCGGGUUGAGGUGGCUUUGGAUCAGGGUCCCGUGCUACGGCGUGUGGAGGUUGCGGUUGUGUCGCAGCCCGCCUCCAUUGACCGGACGGUGCGCUUCUUCGAGGCUGAGGGCACCGCCGCGGAGAAGGUGGUGGCAUUGCCACCCUCACCAGAGCCGUCGGUUGGUAGCUGCUACGUGUAUUGCACCAACAGAGAUGUUCAUGUGCAGAGGAGAGAGCAGGAUGAGGUCUCCUUGCGCUUCAUCGCCCCCCAGUCACCUGACAUGCUUUCCUUCUUCCUUGUUUUUUAUGCGGACCAGCACUUCAGCCAAGUGGUCGCCAUCCAACUGAUCGAUGUACAGGGUCUUCGCACCGAGCGAAUCCGUCUUGUUGUUGGCCAGAGUGUCGAGCGCGCGAUUUGUCUGGCACCCGCCGAGGUCUUGGAUGCUGGAGCGGUGCGGCUUCACUCGUCAAACCCUGAGGUGGUUGCUGUCCAGCAUACGGCUGAGGUCGAUCCUCGCUAUGGGGUGAAGUUCACCGUUCUAAUUACCUCUAUGCAGGUUGGAAACCGAGCUUGCCGCUUGCAUGCGGUGGAUCCAGCCAUACGACGGCUAGUUGCAGCACUGCUAGUCGUGGUCGUGGCCGAUCCUCCAGAAGUCAAGAUGGUCCACACCAUCACCCUGCCUGUCCUCACGGCCGUCCGCAAGCGCCUCCUUUACAAGAACGAGGCAGUCCGGCCCAUCAAGUACAUAGUGCGAUGCUCCGAACCAGCUUUGGUGACAGUGCAGUCCCCGGAGCUGGUGAUCAACUCCCUAGACACGCGUUGCAUCGAGCUCCUGUUUCAUGCAGUUCCUGCUACGCUGUCCUACAACGCCGAGGUCUUCCUGUUCAUCACCUCGGAAGAUCGUGCCAUCCACGAGACUCGCAUGCUGGAGCUCGCAUACACCUGA